UGAAAAGCCUAUCUCUAGGCCUUGAAUUUGAAAUCGAGCGUGAAAGCGGAAACCCCCGGCAGAAACACCCAAAAACAACCUAGCGCACCCAAGCUCCUCGCAAGCAACGAACCUCACACGAUUAUCUCCUCGAGACAAACCCCCCAAUUGACGAUCCGCGACCAGCCAAGAUGCCACAAGACCUACCUCCCGUUGGCGGCUACGAGCCCGUGCAGUACAAGCGAAACCUCCCCGCCCGCGGUUUCCGCCCUUCGGUCAUGCUCCUCGGCGUCGCUGGCAUAAUGACAUUCGGGUUCUACAAGAUCGGAAAGGGGAUUCGGGAACAGAACGAACUCGCCCGCGAAAAAAUGUGGUCCCGGAUCCAUCUCAUCCCACUGUUGACGGCGGAGGAGGAUCGCGAUCUGGUGAGGCGGCAUCUGGCGGAUCAGAAGAGGGAGGAGGAGUUGUUGGGGAGUCGGACGAGUCCGUAUCAUAGUGAUAGGUUUGUGAGGCCUACUUAUGCGGUUACGCCGAGUCAGAAGUCGACGUAG